CGCCUUCUCGUCCCUUCCUUCCCGGGCGGGCAAGCGACGGCGGCGGACGGUGGAUCAGCGGGCCGGCGGCGCCCACACCACGCUGGCUGCCCAGCCGCCGGCUUCCUUUUGUCUUUCCGGGCGGCGAUGAGCGCAGGACCCGCUCGGAGACUGCGGGCGCACGGACGCCCGCGCUCCUAGCCACCUCUCGGGCCUCUGGGAGGAACCGGCGGAAUCGGCGGAGCGCGUCCUGCCCCGGACCGGGGCAUGGUCUAGCCGUCCGCCGCGCCCAAGCACCAGCCCAGAGCCUGUGACCCCUGCCGUGUCUCACUCUCCGCUUGGCCCCAGCUGACUGUCUUUCAGGUGCAGUUGCCAGCUACCAUGGGCAAGCAGAACAGCAAGCUGCGGCCAGAGGUGCUGCAGGACCUGCGUGAGAACACGGAGUUCACGGACCACGAGCUGCAGGAGUGGUACAAGGGCUUCCUCAAGGACUGCCCCACCGGCCACCUGACCGUGGACGAGUUCAAGAAGAUCUACGCCAACUUCUUCCCCUAUGGCGACGCCUCCAAGUUUGCCGAGCACGUCUUCCGCACCUUUGACACCAACGGCGAUGGCACCAUCGACUUCCGGGAGUUCAUCAUUGCGCUGAGCGUGACAUCUCGGGGGAAGCUCGAGCAGAAGCUCAAGUGGGCCUUCAGCAUGUACGACCUGGACGGCAACGGCUACAUCAGCCGCAGCGAGAUGCUGGAGAUCGUGCAGGCCAUCUACAAAAUGGUGUCGUCUGUGAUGAAGAUGCCAGAGGAUGAGUCCACCCCCGAGAAGCGGACGGACAAGAUCUUCAGACAGAUGGACACCAACAAUGACGGGAAACUGUCCCUGGAAGAGUUCAUCAAAGGUGCCAAGAGCGACCCCUCCAUCGUGCGGCUGCUGCAGUGCGACCCCAGCAGCGCCAGCCAGUUCUGAGGCUCGGGACGCAACACUGCGUGACCCCCAGAAGCCCAGGCUCGUCCUGCCGCUCUCAGCUUUGCUUGUGAAAGCGGACACCUCCACCACCCUCCGGCUGUCCCGCCCUGAGACACUCGACAUGAGACACGUGGCCCUGCCCAGGGCUGCGCCUCCCUCCCCGCCCGGCCAGCGAGCCACCCCACCUGCCCACCCCCGGGGAUGGGCCCCUGCGCAGGGCAGAGCUGCUGGCUCCGGCAGGGCUUCCAGGAGCUCUGAGGCCGCCAUCGAGGGGACUUCGUGGCCCGGUGUGGACGAAGGUGACAGGCAAGCCCUCCCUCCCAAGCAUGGCCCGCCCCCUCACCCAUCUGUGACCAAAGCCCUUGCUUGUGUCACCUGUGGUCCUUCUUUUCAUAUGUAAGUUAUGUGUCUGCUGAGGUGUGACGCCAGGUCCCCUAUUUAAAGCCUCCCGGCUGUGCAGCAUGGUCCCGUGGCCUGUGGCUGUCCGUGGUCUCUGCCUCGCCCGCCCCGCGCCCAAGAGAUGCAUGCUGGCCGGGGCGGGGUUGCGUGUCCCUGUCGCGCAGGCAGCUGUGUGAUCGUCCUUCCUGUUGAUUGGUCUGGCAUUUCUGGUAUUAAAAUGAUCAAAUAAA